CACUUUUCGGAUCCGGAUCUGCUUAGAAUUGAAUGAUUACGACACAUUAUAAGGAACCAAAUUUGUCAAUUGUAAGAGAAGCGAAGAAGUUUACGGUGUUACUCUAAUUUCAAUGAAACAUUGUUUCAUUUAAAAAAUUGGAAAAUAAAUUGUUCUUAUGUCAUCUAAAGUAAUGGAGAACCAAACUAGUUUUGAUCCCAGAAGAGAUGGGAAUGGCCUAGAUAAAUCAUUUGCUGAACCUGAGCAGUAUCCACUGCAUGAAUUAAAUGAUUUCAGAGAUGGAAAAACUAGUCUUGAAAAUAUCAGUAUAACUGAAAAUUGUCCUCAGAGUUCUAGAGAUGGUGAUGUGUUGCAUUCGUUAAGUGGUAUAUAUGCUGAAGUUUUGAUUGUGGUAACGGCUGCAGCUGUCAUCACAGAAAUGUUGCCUGGAUCUUUGCCUUUGUUUUAUUUUCAUGACUACCUAUUUGUUUACCUUCUUGGCAUAGGAAUUACGGUUUUCAUAAUCAUUCAUGGUGUCAAAUUGCAUCAGCAAGUUACUUCAAGCAAGAAUGAUGAAAAUGAUUGCAGACUCUCUCCUGCAUUACAGAAAAAUGCACCAGAAAAAUGCAUAGCUGACAUAAAUUUAUUUUUUAGAGUUGGAACAGCUAUUACAGGCGGUGCUGUUCUUGUCACCUCAAUGAUGGAAGCAGUGUCAAUUCAUGUAUCUAUGAAACAUUGUGUAAAUCAGCUGAGUUCUGCUCAACCAAUACUACGAUGUAUUUUUGUUUUAUUCCAGAUCCAUUUUUUAAUAAAUCCUAAGAAUAUCUUGAACACAUUGGGAUGCUUUCGAAAUCUUGCUAUUAUGCACUUAUUUGCUGCAAAUUUUGCUGUGUGGUUUCGAAUGAUGGUAUGGGGCAUUGUGAAAGAUUGGGAAGCAGCUACUCAUAUCAAGCAUAAUUCAAGUGUUCCCUGGGAUAAUGCUCUGAAUAUUACUGUUCAUUCUUUGGAAUCUGAUGUAAAUUCGAAAGAUAACAGUACACAUUAUCCAGCUCAUGUAAUACACUAUACAUCAAAUUGUUGGUGGAGAGUAAAAAAAUCAGAGGAGAUGGAUAUUACAUCUGUGCAAUAUUGCUUACAAAAUUCUACUGCUGGACAGAUAUGGGAGAAAACAGACCAAUUUUUAUUUGUUUUCAAAACUCAAUAUUACUUUCUGAUAAUUGGUAUUUUGUACAUUAUAUGGUGUAAAUGUAGCAAUGAUUACGUAAAGCGUAGUUACUCAUUAUUUUCAUCUAAUAAUAACCAGAAAAUUGAUUUAUGCAGCAAGGCAACAAAAGGUUUUUGUCUUGGAUUAGUGGUUUUUGGUACAAGUAUUAUAAUUUUGAUUAUUUUUUUUACUGUUGACCGAGAACUAAUUAUGAUGCAUAGUAUUAUAUAUUGCGUUAUUUUUGGGUCUUCCUCAGUUUCUGCUAUAUUUGCGCUAUUUCAGGUCAAGAAAAUGUAUUCUUGGAAGUCUCUGAGAGAAGUCCAAUUUAUCAGGCUCUUCCAAAGUAUUGGAUUGUUUGCUAUUUUGAUUUACGGUUCUUGCAACGUAAUAUCUGGUAGUUUAUCACCAAGGAGACCAAAUAUUCUUCUUGCUUUUGAAACAAUAAGUAUGGUUCUGAAUAGUACAGCUCAAUAUUUGCUCAUAGUUCAAGUCUCCAGGAAAAAAAUUGACGUUUCCAAUGCUAAUGAGAAACCGGGUCGGCAAUCAAUUGUUUUUCUCAUAUUUUGUAAUAUUUCUCUUUGUAUUUUGGAAUGUUUUAUUACCUGGAGUCACUUGAGGCAUCAAUUUAUAAUUAAUGAUUCAGAAGUAAUUUGGACAGCUGUUAUCCGAUGUGUGCUUCCUUUUGUUGUAUUUUAUAGAUAUCACUCUGUUGUUACUCUUAUGCAAGCUUGGGUAAAAGCAUACCAAUAAAGUCAACUGUACUGGUUUUUUCCUUAAAAAAAUUUGCAUUAUUAUGGUUAACGCACAGAAUUCAACCGAAUCUUUCUUCUUCUUCUUUGAAGUAUGUUAGAAUUUUUAUUAAGAGGUUUCUGACUUGCCAUUCUUUAUAGUAUUUCAUCAUACAUUAUGAUUAAGUAUUAUUUCUUUAUUAUUCUAUUUGCAUAAAUUAUAGAAGGGGAAACGAUUAUAUAAUGUAGCCAAAAGUUCAAGGUUAUUUUUUUUUAUUUAUGUUGGUAUUGGAUGCCAUUAUAUUUUGAUUUUUUUUUUUUUUUCUGGAACUUUUUUGUUUCCAAGUUUUGUAACGAUUUUAUUGUUGAUUACUUGGCUGUUUUGAUAUUGUUUUAAUUCAUUACAAUAAAAAGCUUUAUGUGAUGCUAAUUAUCCUUCAUCAGAGAUACAGCAUUUUCCUAUAGGUUUUUAACUUUCCAAAUAGUCACGAGUCAUCAUUAUAGUUAAAUUGGAUAUUGCUUAUGCUCAGAAGCCCUCUCCCCGGUGCUAAAUGGUCAUCAAGCUUCUCAUGAGCUGUAUACCUAUAUUUAUGAAAUUCUGGUUAGUUUUUAUAAACCUAUUAUUCCCCACCUCAUUUUUUCUAGUCAAGAUAAAAGGUAUGGUAAUAUUUUUGUAAGUUUGCAUACAGUCAUAAUUGUUCAUAUACAGGAAUCUCUUACAACUGAUAUAUUUUUUAUUUAUACUUUACUUUUUAACUGUAAAGUGAAGAAAUCUCAUUUUCCACAGUGUAUUUGUACACAGUAUUGACAAUUUUAAUAAGGAACUUCUCCCUUGAAUUCUUCUUCUAAUAAUUUCUCUAGAAAUUCUAAGAAUUAUGUAAUUUGAGAAAACUAAACUUAGUUUGUGCUUUUUCUCCAUUAUUUUUUAAAUACUUAUUAUUGAAAGUUACUUAAUAUUGUGAACCGUUUUUAAUAGGUUUCUUGCAAAGGUAUUAUUUCCACAAUUAUUAUAUUUGUGAUUCAGCUUCUCUUUUCUACAUGUUUUCUCCUCUAUUUUUGCAUAUAUUUUUCUUUUUGUGAAUUGACCCUCUAUUUUACCGAAAUUCAUUUCUUUUGAAAUUUUUAUGUAUUAAUUUUCCAAGUAUUGCAUUUAAUAUAUACAUAUGUUUUUUUUCUUUAACUGAAGUCGGCUUUUUUUUAGUCUGAAUAAACAACUAAAUGGGUCAAAAAUAUUGCUGGUCAUUUACAGUGAUAUCUUUGAUUCAUGCAUAAAUGUUACUUGUUCUCUUGCAAAAUAAUUUAAUAUAUUAUCAGAUAUUUAAAAAAAAUAAGUAUUGUUGACAACUGCUCCAUUUGCGAUACGAAAUUGUUUUUAUUUAUAAGUUUUGAGUGUUUCUAGAUGUUGAACUUUUAAAUUGGUCGUAGAUAUUUUAUUGCGAUUGUUAUUAAAACAUUGUUAGGUAUCUUUAUUGUGAUGCAGUUCCAGUUAUUCAAUUUGUAUAUUUUAUAAAAAUGUUAACGAAUUCGAGAACUAUAAAAUUAAUAUUGAAAAAUGUUUGAAGCGAAUUAUGUAACAUUGUGUUGAUUAUUGCUUUGUUUGAAAUUAACAACUUCAUCAAAUAUCAUUGCUGAAUUUAUUACUUUUAUUGUAAACUAUAUUUCUGUUUUUAAUUUGGAGUUUUUAUCUUGUGUCACAUGUUGGAUAAAGCAACUGAACUUUUGAAAAGAUGCAAAUUUUUUUCUGAUAGUGUAUUUUUCCCUAUGUUUAGUGUAUAAUAAUUUUUAUUAUUUGUUUAAAAGAUAGUAGAUAAAAAAAAUGAAAAAAAAAUGCUGUAUUUCAGUUUUAUCAAAUAUAUUAUUUAGAAAGGUUAUAAACAAACAAUUAAUUCAAGCUGCAGUUGUCUUAUGCAUUUACACCCAAAGGCAAUACAACAAAGCAAAAUAAGAUUGUUUUGCGUAUAUAUAUAGAUAGAUUUAUUUUUUAAGCUUUACAAUUUACAAAAGUUUAAAAUGCUGAUAUCUGUAAGAAGUUCCUACUUGGUAUGCUUUGUAAAAAUAUAUCUAUUCAUUAUGGUGAUAUUUCACAUAUUGUUUCCAAAGUAUUUAAAAAUUGAUUUUCUUUAUUUUCUUGGGCUUUUUGUAGUGUAGUAUUUGUGAGCAAUUAAAUAUGUGCCAUAUAUAUA